UACAAUAGUUUCAUACAUAGAUUAUACACUUAUAUACCUACUAAGUCAAGAGUCAAGUUCAUACUUAUAUUAAGUUAGUGCUACUUGUUCUUAGAAAUCUCAGAUAACAUAUUAGAUUAGAUUAAUUACAAUUUUUAAAGAACAGUACCUAACUUGUUACAAUUUUAUAACGUAAAAAUUUGAUAGCGUAAACUGAGAAAUCGUAACCUGACAAUUUUGAAGUUAUAGUGAAGUAUUGCGACCAUGUUAGUGGUCUAAAACUUUUGCUGUCUGAUUGUUGCUUAAAGCUGCGCGUGGUAUUUAUAAUCACUUCAUUUUGUGGUUUAACAAGAAUCGAUAAUGCUGCGAUUUCUAAGCAGAAGAGGCAGAUCAUCUAGCCAGAAUCGCAAUAAACAAAAUCAAAAGACUUCUAACAACAAAAAUUUAAUACAAUGCAAGGUAAUGUUACUUGAUGAUACAGACUUAUCUAUUAAUUUGUCUAAAAAAGCUAGUGCCGGUGAUCUUUAUGAACAAGUAUUUUACUCUCUAGAUUUAAUUGAAAAAGAUUAUUUUGGCUUGCAAUUUACUGAUACAAAUAAUGUUAAGCAUUGGUUAGAUCCAACAAAGACAAUAAAAAAGCAAGUAAAAAUAGGUCCACCAUAUACCUUGAGGCUCAAGGUGAAAUUUUACUCAUCAGAACCUAAUAACUUAAGAGAAGAGUUAACCAGAUACCAAUUUUUCUUACAAUUGAAGAAGGAUAUACUAGAAAGCAAACUUGAAUGUCCACAUUCAACAGCAGUAGAAUUAGCAGCUUUAGCUCUGCAAUCGGAAUUAGGUGAUUUUGAUGAGUCUGUUCAUACACCGGCUACCGUAUCUGAAUUUCGAUUUGUACCUAAUCAAACAGAAGAAAUGGAGAUUGAAAUAUUAGAGGAGUACAAAAAAUACAAAGGUCUUACACCAGCUCAAGCAGAAGUAAACUAUCUAAACAAGGCUAAGUGGCUCGAAAUGUAUGGUGUUGAUAUGCACAUUGUGUUAGGCAAAGAUGGAUGUGAGUAUCACUUAGGCCUAACACCUACCGGCAUUCUUGUUUUCGAGGGACCACAGAAGAUUGGAUUGUUUUUCUGGCCUAAAAUAAGUAAACUAGAUUUCAAGAAAAAAAAAUUGACAUUAGUUGUUGUUGAAGAUGAUGAUCAAGGGCGAGAACAGGAACAUACUUUCGUGUUUCGACUUCACAAUGAAAAAGCCUGUAAACAUCUUUGGAAAUGUGCUGUGGAGCAUCACACUUUCUUCCGCUUACGUGCCCCUGUAAAAGGUCCCUCGGCUAGGCAAAACUUCUUUAGAAUGGGAUCGAGAUUCCAAUAUUCCGGUAAAACCGAAUAUCAAACAACGCAACAAAAUCGUGCGCGACGUACUGUUCAAUUUGAACGAAGACCGAGUCAACGUUUUGCUCGAAGGCAAAGCCAUGUCCUUAGAGAACGUGAGAAGCAAAAUACUACUGCUAAACCUGAAACUCCUGCUCAACCUGAACCUAGCACUUCAGCAGAAGCGGCUGCUAAUGAAUGUGGACUAGAUGCCUUAUCACGAAAGAGUAGUGCGAAAUCUCACAAAUCGUUGGUAGAAACUGAUCUUAAAGCAACUGAGAUAGGUGAACCUUCGACUAAAAAUCUUCUGAAUGAUGAAGAUCCCGAGGAAACAAUUAUUUCUAAAGAUGAUGCCAUCAGCAACAAAGUUCUUUUCAAAAUGGAUAAACCUGAAGAGAAAAAGAAUAAUUUAACACAGCUUGUUAUUAAUAAACCCUCCUGCAAUUGUUCACCUGUCGCUGAGUUUAAUCCACUUAAUGAUCUUUUAAUGAGUUUGGUAAAAGAAAAAUUGAACAACGAUGAUUCAAAGAACGAAGUCAAAAAGGAUCAAUUAGAUUCAGUUGAUAAGGAAGUGCCAAACAAUCAAAGUAAAUGUUACUUACCAUCAACAAAGAAUCUUCCGCCUGGACAACUUAAAUGCAAUAACAUAUUAAAAGCUCGAGAAAAUGAAGUAAAAAUUAUAAAUGAGUCAUCCAAUAUAAAUCUUUCGAUACCUUCUACGCCAUCACCGAAAAUACUCAAUGAAACGAAUCCAAAUCAUUCUCAGUAUGUCUCUAUUGUUGUGGUUGAACCACCGCGUUCCCAAACUAAGCUAGCUUCACCAAAACCCGAAAUGAUUGAAGACGUAAUUCCGAAAUCUCAACCGAUAUCAUCACUUUCUCCGUGGCUGGUCACGUCCGAACCGAGUUCUCCUUCUGGCAUAGGAGAAAAGGAAAUAACGAUCAUCCAUCGCAAAUCUGUAAUAACGACACAACUUUAAGAAAUAUAUGUAAUGAGUGGGACUAAAUUUUAUUACAGAAGUAUUGGUUAAAACUUAUCUUAAAUUGUAUUAUCUAUGAGUUAGCAAAGAAAUAAAACUAUUUCGAACAGCUAUAAUAAGAUUGUUUUCAAGUAUCGCUUCUAUUAAUUAAAUACAGGUACAUACGUUUGAUAUAUCUAGUGGUCCUUGAAAAUAUUUUUUUUUUGACAUAUAAA